AUGGAAGAACGAAUGGAUACCGACGACUGGCCGGAUCUCUGGCAGGCUCUGGGCGUUGAAUGGCCAGUAACGGCUUCUACGCCAUAUCCACUAGUGUAUGGUAACCCUGAGGCGUGGCUGAAAACUGCCCAGGUCGAGCCAGAGCUGCUGCUCCAUCACGUGCGACGCUUUGUUUUCCCGGUUGAACUGCUGGCUAGCCUAGGGGAUCACGUUCUCGGGAUGUGGACGGCUCAGUGA